UUCCGAUGGACAGGCUCCUCCAGAAGCCGUCAGAAGGCAUGAAACUCCCAAGAGCUCAGCGCAGAAUGGCCAGGUAGAAAGAACCUGAGCCUGAAGUCAGAGUCCCAGAACAGACGAGCCGCUCCUCUGUAGGACACCUCCCUUGGGGGUGGGACAUUUGGUCCCAAGGGCCUCCAGGACUUCCCCAUCGGUAGCCCAGGUCAGAAGCAGCUUCCCCGUCACAGCCGCCUCACUUUCUUCCAGUCCAACAGCCCUGACUGCUUCCAAGCCUUGAGUCACAGGGAGGCCGGAGCGCUCCACUCAACAGCAUCGUAGAGCGACGGCAGGUAGGAGAGCUGAAUGGAUUAAGUUUACCUCAAAAAUGGGAGAAAUCAUGGUGGAUAACUUCAACCUUGAAGAUUUCUUCAGUGGAGAUAUUGAUAGUUUCAAUUAUAGCUCUAACCUGCCCCCCAUUCUACUGGAUGCUGCCCCAUGCCACCCCGAAAACCUAGAAAUCAACAGAUACGCUGUGGUUAUAAUAUAUGUCCUGGUAACCCUGCUGAGCCUUCUGGGAAACUCCCUGGUGAUGCUGGUCAUCUUAUACAACCGGAGUACCUGCUCUGUCACUGAUGUCUACCUGCUGAACCUAGCCAUUGCCGACCUGUUCUUUGCCCUGACCUUGCCUGUCUGGGCUGCAUCCAAGGUAAAGGGCUGGACUUUUGGCUCAGCCAUGUGCAAGAUAUUCUCAUUCCUGAAGGAAGUUACCUUCUACAGUAGUGUCCUGCUACUGGCCUGCAUCAGCAUGGACCGCUACCUGGCGAUUGUCCACGCCACAAGCACACUGAUCCAGAAGAGACACUUGGUCAAGUUUGUAUGCAUAGCCAUGUGGGUGCUGUCAGUAUUUGUGUCCCUGCCCGUCUUAAUUCUUCGUAAUACCGUCAAGGCCAACUCUUUAACCCUUGUCUGCUAUGAGGACAUAGGUAACAACACAACCAAGUGGAGGGUGGUGUUGCGCUUCCUGCCUCAGACCUUCGGCUUCCUCCUGCCACUGCUGGUCAUGGUGUUCUGCUACGGGUUCACCCUGCGCACGCUCUUUAAGGCCCACAUGGGGCAGAAGCACCGGGCCAUGCGGGUCAUCUUUGCUGUUGUGCUUGUCUUCCUGCUCUGCUGGCUGCCCUACAACCUGGUCCUGUUUGCGGACACCCUCAUGAGGACCAAACAGAUCCAGGAGACCUGUGAGCGCCGCAAUGACAUUGACAGAGCCUUGAACGCCACCGAGAUCCUCGGCUUCCUCCACAGCUGCCUUAACCCCAUCAUCUAUGCGUUUAUUGGCCAGAAGUUUCGCUAUGGGCUCCUCAAGAUCAUGGCUACUCAUGGCCUUGUCAGCAAGGAGUUCUUAGCCAAGGAGGGCAGGCCUUCUUUUGUUGGCUCGUCUUCGGGGAACACCUCCACUACCCUCUAAGGCUGUCCACGUAAACUGUGGCCCCUCAGGGUUCCUUCUUGUCCUCCAGCAUGGCUCAUGUCCACAGACUCUGGUAUCUGAAUCAAUGCAGUCCACACACACACAGUUACAGGGAGACAGAGGCCAUAUUCUUACCAGACACCCCCCACACACACACUGCAGAGUUUAGAACCCCUACCCUGGCUGUUCAUUCCCUUCCGUAUUGGUAUGGCUACUGGUAGAGUUGGUCCAUCCUAACGCUGGACCCCAAACACUCUUUUCUAAGAAGUACAAAUUAAAAUUACAGUGAGAUACUUUCUCCUGCCCAUCAGAAUCCUUAUCAGUAAAAGGAAGAGGAAGAGGAGGAGGAGAGAAAACAGCAAGUAUCAUCAAGGAAGUAGAGAAAGGGAAAGUUUCCAACUUACUGGUAAACCUGAAUGAACCAUAGCCCAUGCACAGUGGAACACAGCAUAUCAUUCUCCUUAAAACAUUAAAUAUAGAACUACCACGUAAUCCAGCAAGUCCACCGCUAAAUAGGUACCCAAAAGAAUUGGAAGCAAGGGCCCAGACAUUUGUAUGCUGAUGCUAACAGCAGCAUGAGUCCUAAGAGUUAAAGGUCAAAACAACUAAAAUGAUGGGCAACGAAUGAAUGGGUAAGUUACACAUGGUCUGUGCACACCACGGGAGACCAUCCCACAAUGAGAAGGAAUAAGAAGCUGAUCCAUGGGGUUGGGGAUUUAGCUCAGUGGUAGAGCGCUGGCCUAGCAAGCACAAGGCCCUGGGUUCGGUCCUCAGCUCCAAGGGGGAUUGGGGGGUGUGAGGAAGCUGACCCAUGUUGCCACUUCCAAGUCACAGAAGCAAGACUCCCAAGACAACCCUUGCAUGUUUACACGUAGGAAGGACCAAGAAUAACCAGGUAGUGGUGACUGGAGGCUGGAUGGCGGAGGGUGGGGCGUCGGUGUCUGAUGAAGAAGUCCUGAAGGUGGACCCUGAUUACUGGGCAAUAGUGUGAAAGUGCUCCUUGCCAUUGCAUUAAAAAAGUUAAAAUGAGGGCUCCGUAUUAUUUUGGAGCCUUCAUUUUAUGGAUAUUAUGGAGUGCUUACUUAACGGUUCUGAGAACUCAGGCUUGAACCCUAGCACCCCAAAAAAAAUGAAAAACAAAAGCUAAAAUGGUAAUUUUUUGUUAUAUAUGUUUUAACUCAGUUUGUCAAAAAAAAAAAAAUCUAAGUCUAAAAAGGUACUAUAACCACUGAACCAAUGCAGAACUAUCUACCUUUAAUUUCUUGUAAAGUGUGAUCAUUAAAUGUCUUUUUAAAACUA